UCCCUAAGAGCCAGCUGAAGAUACGGAUAUCAACAACAACAGUUUCGAACGAAAUCUAUUGUUUGCUGCGAAAUGAGGCUACAGUUACACAUCCUGCUAGCGACCCUGGCCUCCUGCUCGAUCCUCAGUGGCACCCUUGCCUACAAACCGGUGGUGAUCCUGCAUGGAAUCCUCUCCGGACCCGAGUCCAUGACCUUUCUGGUGCGGGAAAUCGAGAAGCUUCAUCCGGGAACAGUAGUUUACAACUGCGAUAAAUUCAGCGGUUGGUACAGCCUGGAGAACGCCUGGCGGCAGGUCGAUCAGGUAAGGGAUUACCUUAACGAAGUGGGCAAGUUGCAUCCGGAAGGCAUCAUUGUACUGGGCUACUCCCAGGGAGGCCUCUUGGCCCGGGCGGCCAUACAAAGUUUGCCCAAUCACAAUGUCAAGACCUUCAUAUCCUUAUCGUCGCCACAGGCGGGGCAAUAUGGCACCAGUUUCCUUCAUUUGAUCUUCCCCGAUUUGGCGGCCAAGACGGCCUUUGAGCUCUUCUACUCGCGUGUGGGUCAGCACACCUCGGUGGGCGGCUACUGGAACGAUCCACAUGAGCAGGAUCUGUACAUGAAGUACAGCGAGUUUCUGCCGUUGAUCAACAACGAGAAAGUGACCUCCAAUUCCACAUCCUUCAAGAUGGGAAUGGUGCGGCUCGACAAACUGGUCAUGAUUGGCGGACCCAACGACGAUGUGAUCACGCCCUGGCAGUCCAGUCACUUUAGUUACUACGACGAGAAUCUGGAUGUGAUUCCAUUUUACCAGCGAAAGUUCUUCACGGACGACUCCAUCGGCAUCAGGACUCUUCAGGAGGCGGACAAACUGAUUAUCGUGGUCAAGCCCCAUGUCCACCACCUGGCCUGGCACACGCGGCAGGAUGUUAUCCACGAGGUCAUAAUGCCAUAUCUGGACUGAACAAGUAACUUCAAACUGUACUGAAGCGAUCAAAGGGCUGUGAUGGAUCGGAACAAGGCUCGCUCUCAUCAAUAAGCGUUAAUGUGACGGCAGGAUACACAAUGAUCUUUUAUACAUAAUUCAGCUUUUUUUUAUUCUUAAGUUUACAGCGUUUUUGUAGUUAUAUAGGGAAAUUUAUACAAAGUUAUUAAUAUAUAUUUACCUACUUAUUUCAA